AUGCCUCCUGUACCUCGGCCACUCAUCAAAUUGGCUAUUCUUGAUGAUUAUCAAGGGAUUGCUUCUAAACAUUUCGAGUCACUCAAGUCAACCUUUGAGAUUACCGCUUUUCCAGAUACCCUGCUACCUUACAAUGAUCCUUCAACUCCGGAAGAUGUCAAAAAUCAGCUGGUGGAGAGGCUUAAGCCAUUCACAAUCAUCUCAUCGAUGAGAGAACGGACUCCCUUUCCCGCAUCACUCCUAGAAAAACUUCCCAAUCUCAAACUCCUUCUCAAUGCAGCAAGUAGAAACAAGGGCAUUGAUAUGGAAGCCGCCAAGAAACUUGGAAUUACUGUCACCGGGGCGUCGGGGAAACCAAAGAGAGGACCAGAUAGCACCACGCAACAUACUGUUGCCUUGAUUUUAGGAAUUGCGAGAAAUGUAGCCUGGGAUGAUAAAAUAGUCAAGGGGGGUGGCUGGCAAACAACGUUGGCAACUGGAUUGAGUGGAAAGACUUUUGGAACUUUGGGACUAGGUAGAUUGGGCUCAAAUGUAGCCAAGAUCAUGCAUUCAGCGUUCGGUAUGAAGAUUAUAGCAUGGAGCUCGAAUUUGACUCAAGAAAUCGCGGAUCAACAGGCUAGAGACAGUGGUUUCGAUACUGAGGAUGAGGAUGGAGAGAAGGUGUUCAAGGUUGUGAGUAAGGAAGAGUUGUUUUCAACGGCCGACGUGGUUAGCGUGCAUUUGGUGUUGAGUGAUCGUUCGAGAGGAAUAGUAGGUGAAAAAGACUUUGAUUUGAUGAAGAAGAGUGCUUUGUUUGUUAAUACAUCACGAGGACCUCUUGUUCAACAGGAAGCCUUGCUGGAUGCUUUGCAAAAGGGAAAAAUUCGCGGGGCUGCGCUGGAUGUGUUUGAUCUAGAGCCUUUGCCAGAAGAUAGUCAAUGGAGAAGCACAAAAUGGGGAGAGGAUGGAAGCAGCAAAGUCUUGUUGAGUCCGCAUAUGGGUUAUGUGGAAGAAGGUACCAUGAAUGAUUGGUAUCAAGUACAAGCUGAGAACGUUCAGAGAUGGUAUGAGGGAAAAGAUUUAACACAUGUACUGGCUUAG